CUAUUUUUGCUGCAGUAGAUCAACAUAAGGUGGCGGCCAAAUUAAAUAUCUCCAUGUCUUCGGUAUUCUAAAAAUUAAGAUGAAGUCAAAAUUUAAAGAGGCUCGCGUUUGCCAGCGGUGAUUUCAGCGUUCACUGCCUCGUCCCGGCACUGCCCAGGCACCCACCGGCUCCCCUCACGGGCCGGGAGACCAGCCCCCUCAGGCCCGGUAUGGGGGAACUCCUUAUAUUAAAAACUCUCCCUCCAGGCCCCCUUCUCGGGGGGGAUGGGGAUCAAGGGGGCCGCGUCCCCAGCGCCCCGGGCUGCCCACGAUCGCUUCGUGCGCCCCGGGCCGGAAGCGCUCCUCAGAGGCGGGCGGGCGGGAAUCCUGUCAGGGGCCGGGGCAGCGGGCGGGAAAGCGGCACCCGCUGAGCGACUGCGGGCCCCCGCCUCAGCGCGGGGGGGUUCGCCGCUGGCGCCCCGCCGCCCCUCAGCGCCCGGCAACCGGCGGGCCGCGGAGCUCCGCGACCCCCUCCACCGCCCCGUAUAGGCCUACCGUGGGGUGCCACACAGACACGAAGGAAUGUCCGGAGGAAGGAAUGUCCGGAGCUCCCUCCAACACGCCUGGGCACAGAGGCUUUGCUGUCGUUACCAGCAGCUCCACCCCUGGAGGUGCUCAAGGCCAGGGCGGCCACUGACCAUAACGCUGAUAACACCACAGCAAUCCUUAGAGAGUGGCUGAAGAACGUGCAGAACCUCUACCACGAUGUGGAGUGGAGACCGAUGGAGGACCCCCAGUCUUACCCAGAAGAAAUUGGGCCAAAACAUUGGCCAAGCUCCCGAUUCACUCAUGUGAUGAAACUCCGACAGGCUGCCCUGCGUGCUGCACGAGAGAAGUGGUCAGACUACAUCCUGUUCAUUGAUGCAGAUAAUUUAUUGACCAACCCAGAAACCCUGAACCUGAUGAUAGCAGAAAACAAGACAUUGGUGGCACCAAUGCUCGAGUCUCGCUCUCUCUACUCUAACUUCUGGUGCGGCAUCACUCCCCAGGGCUAUUACAAAAGGACCUUGGAUUAUCCCCUGAUUCGGGAAUGGAAGAGGACAGGCUGUUUUGCUGUCCCGAUGAUUCAUUCCACGUUCCUCAUUGACUUGAGGAAAGAGGCCUCCACCAAGCUGAUGUUCUACCCCCCUCACCAGGACUACACCUGGAGCUUUGAUGAUAUCAUGGUCUUUGCCUUUUCCAGUCGCCAAGCAGGAAUACAGAUGUUCAUCUGCAACCGUGAACACUAUGGUUUCCUGCCCAUGCCCCUGAAAUCACACCAAACGCUGCAAGAAGAAACUGAGAACUUUGUGCACACACUAAUUGAGGCUAUGAUCGAUCGUCCUCCCAUCGAACCCUCUCAGUAUGUCUCUGUUCCUCUGAAGCACCCUGACAAGAUGGGAUUUGAUGAAAUUUUCAUGAUCAAUCUGAAGCGUCGGAAAGACAGGCGGGAUCGGAUGCUGAGGACUCUCUAUGAGCAGGAGAUUGCAGUCAAGAUAGUGGAGGCUGUGGAUGGAAAAGCACUGAACACGAGUCAGCUCAAAGCUCUCAGCAUCGAUAUGCUCCCAGGAUACCGGGACCCGUACUCCUCCAGGCCACUAACCAGAGGAGAGAUCGGCUGCUUCCUCAGUCACUAUUACAUUUGGAAGGAGGUGGUGAACAGAGAACUGGAGAAGACGCUUGUUAUCGAGGAUGAUGUGCGCUUUGAACACCAGUUUAAAAGGAAGCUCGUGAAGCUGAUGGGUGACAUUGAACAAGCCCAGCUAGACUGGGAGCUUAUCUACAUUGGCCGGAAAAGGAUGCAGGUGCAAGAGCCUGAGAAAGCAGUUCCCAAUGUCAUGAACCUGGUGGAAGCUGAUUACUCGUACUGGACCCUGGGGUAUGCAAUCUCGUUCCAAGGGGCUCAGAAACUGAUCGGAGCUGAGCCUUUCAGCAAGAUGCUGCCUGUAGAUGAAUUUCUGCCAGUCAUGUACAACAAGCACCCUGUAGCGAAGUACAUGGAGUACUAUGAGUCCAGAGACUUGAAAGCCUUUUCAGCGGAGCCCCUGCUUGUUUACCCCACCCACUACACAGGGCAGCCAGGCUACCUCAGCGACACAGAGACCUCUACAAUCUGGGACAACGAGACCGUGUCAACGGACUGGGACAGAACACACUCCUGGAAAUCCCGGCAGCAGGGCAAGAUCCACAGCGAUGCUCAGAACAAGGAUGCCCUGCCUUCCCAGUCAUCUCUCAAUGCACCGUCCUCCAGGGAUGAACUAUGACUGCCUGCUUCCCCCGGGACUCUGUUGACAGCUGAACCUGCCUCGCACUUCAGCUUUUCACCCUUGAAAGUUGUAGAGCAGCUCUUCAUGUGGUCUCCUUCCCACUGCUUCGAAUGGCAAAGCACGUGAUUGGACCUGACAAUUAAUCAAGGUGCUUAGCACAGGGUGGGAGAAGAAGGAGGAAAAAGAACAAGUGUUCCUGACCGGCAGAAAAAAGGCAGAGGUCUGAACAAAAGCCCACACAAGCUUUUGUAAAAAAAACCAACAACCUUGAAUGACGUCUUUCUACAGUUCCUCGUGUAGAACACUCUAUUUAUAAAGAUUAAUAUAUAGAGGUGUACAAGUGUUAAUACCGUUCUGGAUAGCCUGUAACUUGGCUGCUGUGUAACUCUUACUCCUUGUAGGUUUGUAGGCUUUUAUAACCCUGUUCACUGAGAGAAACUGCAGGCAAGCGUUUGGGUUAUUUGGUUUUGAUUUUUCAGAGUGAUCCCUGGCAGAAUCAAGAUGGUUUCCAAAAAUGUUCAGUGCAUUGGAGCAGCGCUUCUCUGCACUUUCUCCCUCAUCACACUCCUACAGGAAACUAUUGUUGGCUUCCCCUCUGCAAUUUCCCCUCUGCUAGAUCUCAUCUAAACAGGCCUCCCAAUCCACAACUGAUGUCUUGGCAUGGCUAAAAUCUCAGAUGCUAGCAGAGAAAGAGGAGGUUGCCGAUCUUACUUGUGUCUCUACUGCGUGCAGGGAAUGCAGGUGGAGUUGGUUUGUGUCAUGUCCUGCUUCACCCCCUGCCUCAAUUUAUUCCUUCAGGAAAACAAAGCCUGGCAACCUAUUUGCAGGGCUGUUUCAUUAGGCUGUAAAACCAAGCGUAGGACUUCCAGGAACUUAAAAAUUUUGGUUACAACCUGCUUGACGCUAUACUUAGAAAAAACAAACAACCUGCAGAAGUGUUACUGUUGUCAGCUGUGCUGUUCUCCACAGCCUGGAUAGAAUUGCGUGUUACAGGACGGAAAGGCAACUUGCCUUGAUACUUUUUCAUGUGAGGAGCAAACUUGUCUGUUUUUUAGGAUGAGUUCUGAUGUACUUGCUGUUGGCUAACAUGUCAGCAGAGUAUGGUGGUUUUGUUUUGGUUGUUUUUUUUUUUUUUAAAAAAAUGUUUCUCAGAGGCCAGGUGAUCACAGACUACACUGCUUAGGUUAGCUGGCACGGACCUCAAGCUGCUCUUGCAGUGGGAGGAUGCCCUCCUGGACUUGCAAUCUAGAGACUCACCUGCUGGCAGAUUUGUGCGGUUGAGUAUGUGUGGCUGUAUUUUUUUUUUUAAGUUUUUGUUUGUUUUUAACAAUUACUGAUCAAUGUUGUGCUUUCUGCUAAAGAAGACAUGUUAUUAUUACCUGUCAGCCGGUCUGAUAAUACAUAGAACCUGGUGCAAGAUGA